AUGAAGAAGAAAUUGAAGCUUGACUAUGUUCUACGCGAUGAAAUCAUGGUCACUGUGCUUUCAGAUUAUCCAGAGUUCUAUGCCGAUUGGUCUGAGGAUGACACCAGUGAGCUUUUGAUGCUAGCCUCAGAAGCGAGUGAUGAGGUUAGUCCUGCAUCUAUCCCAGAGCCUCAAGAUGGUAAUCGUGCAGGGGCAUUCCUUCAAUAUUUUGCUCAAAGGGCUCUUGAAUCAGAAGAAGUCUCACGGCGUCGAGCAGCAGCUCAACCCCUCUACCUACAAGCUGCCGAGGACGAAACCAAACAUAUGCUUGAGAUUCUCCGUAACAGGUCCAAUACUUCUGAAUCUCCUAUUGAAAUCUCCCCUGAUAAGCCUGAUGAUUUAAUUUCUGAUACUAUGAAGUCUACUAUGCCUAUUGUUCAAUCUGAAAGUGCAAAUGCGUUAAUUUCUGAGAAAACUUCUGUAACUGUUGAUCCUCCGUGUAUCCUCUCUGAAAAGUCUGAACCUGCAAAAGAUGUUGUUGAUGAUGUGUCUGAUGAGAAAAAUAAAACCUCUGAGUUGGGCAACAAUCUAAGUUUUGUUGUGUAUUCUGCUGAUACUGUGAAAUCUGCUUUGCCUUCUUCUGAAAUUGCUGAGUCCCCUAUUGAGAUCUAUCAAUCUGAUAAUCCCUCCAAUUUGCCCACUGAGAUUGAGGCUGCCAGUAUUUCAAGCCCUCAUGCAUGUGAUCAAUUAGAUGGGGUGCCUUUCUAUACAUCUUCAUCUUUGGCCGAGAGCUUGGAACACGUCCGGCAUUUUGCAGGAUUACCCUCUGCCUCCAUUCCAGAACCGUAUCAAGUUAUUCAUCCUACUAAGUCCUCUAGUGAAGAUGAGAAGAUUCUUGCUGAAGUUAAAACUGAAGCUGAUCCUCCUGUGCAACAAGUAUUCAAAACCCUACGGUCCUCUGUCAAGAACAGGGAACCUGCAGUGGUUCCUACUACCUCUACCCGGAAGGGAAAACCAACUACUCGCUCAAGAGGACGAAGUAUCACACUUGAGGUUCAACCUGCUACGGAGAAUCCUGACACCACCAUCUAUAAACCUCAGUUUGUCUCUUCUACUGCUCAAGGAAAAUUGUCCACCAUGAUCCGGAGAGAUCUUAUUGUUCAGAAGUCCGUUGAUGAAAACCAGUUGAACUCUGUUUGCGGCAUCUUGCCCUUGCUGAGUGAUGUGGGCCUCUUGAAGACUGUCACCUCCAUCUGUCCUUAUUCGAAGCUACUGACUUACGAGUUCUAUUGUAAUCUUAAUGUGAAGAUUGAUAAUUUGACAGGGACGUGGUGCAUGCAAAUCUUCAUCCAGGGAAAAUGGUAUGUCUUUGGUCCAGAUGUGAUAAAUGAAUAUUAUGGUUUGAAGGGUGUUGAUGAAGAAGAAAUCACGGACUGGGAUUUAGUGGCAAGGACCCUAACAGGUGUACAAACCUCUGAAUGGCCUACGGGUGACAUUGAUACUCUGUCUAGCUCGAAACUCACCUCCAAAUAUGUCAUUCUGCACCGUAUUGCUCUUCACAACUGGCUACCAUCUGCUCACUUUCAUACGGUUGGGAAACAAUUGGCAGCUCUCCUAUUUCGGAUUGGAACUAAAAUGUCAAUUGACCUAGGGUCAUGGAUCUUUUAUCAUAUCCUCACGUUGAUUCAUCCGCGAGAACAGAAGGUAAGGUUACCUUUUCCUAACCUUAUAUUUGGGGUUCUGACAACGCAGGGCCUUGUGCCAAUGCCUAGUGAGGUUAUCAGUUCGACUCUUUUGUAUACUGUUGAUCAUCGCCUUCUGACUGGAAAGCAUAUUCGAGAUGUUACACCGGUGAAUCCUUCUCCCUCUUCUGAAGCUGACAAUGUGGAUGCUGAUUCUCCACAUGCGAAGGAUGUUCAACUCUCUCUUCGCCUGAAGGGCCGGGUAUCUGAACUUGAGACUGUUCAUGGAAUUAUUGCGAAGCAGCUGAAUGCGGCCCGUACUGAAUUGGCUACCACUCUUCUCCGCUUGAGCUUCACUAAACCUGCUGCUGCUGAUGCUGCUAAGUCCGAUAGUGAGGACCCCUCCAAUGCUUGA